CUCCAACACCCUGCACGACCAAACCUUUCCUUGCACGAGCCAUCCUCAGCUUCAGGACUGCGCGCAGAACAGGCUUCCUCGCAUCAUGCUGCUGGACCCGCCGACAUAUCUAGGAUCGCUGCAAAGCAACAUUCGCCAGCGCCCAAUUCCGUGGGAUGGCGCCGUACGCGCAGGCACCCUAACCGAAGAACAACUCGCCCGCAUCCGCGCCGUCGACAAGGUCAAGCGAGAUGUGCGCAAGCAGGCCAUUGAGGCCGACCUCAACGGCUACCGCAUUCUGUUUGUAGGGGCCGAAGGGCAGAAGAGCGUUCUGGAAUCUGCCCACAAGCGCCAGGAUGUCGUGCAGUACAUCCUCGUUCUCUUGAGCGAUCUGCUUGCCGAUAUUCCCGCGCUAGCCAAAGCCAUUAUUCAAACCGGCGACCCCUACCGCCAUUUCCUGCCUCUCCUCGCGCACUCCUCGAACCCCGAAAACCCAAUUCCCCUCCUCACAUCGACCGUGCUUGUCGGUCUCAUGGCUGGAUCCAGAGACGAGUCCCCCGCCACGGUAGACAAGGCGCUACCCGUCGUAUUCAGCUACCUCUCCUCUCUGACGAAGAACUCGGACGCUGGGCUCCAGGACAUCGGAGUGCAGGAGUACUCGUCUCUGCUCUACGGGCGGGCGCCGAGGCGACAGUUCUGGAAACAGAGAAGCGAUACAGUCACGCCCUUGAUUGAGAUACUUCGAGCCGCGGCUGGCGUCGGUAACAACGAUGCCUCAGCCAGUCUUUGGAGCGGCAUGACAGGGACAGCCAGGAGCGGUUUCGAGGGGUCCCUUGGUGGCGGUGUUGGCCUGCAGCUCCUAUACAGGGUGCUGCUGGUUAUGUGGCAGCUCAGUUUCGAGGCUGCGGACAUUGGCGACGAUCUCAACGAUGAAUACGACAUUGUCCUGCUCUACACGCAACUCCUCCGUCUCUCACCAAAGGAGAAGACGACUCGGCUACUCGUCUCCACCCUUCUCAACCUCCUCGUGCACAACCAAAACACCCUCCUCCCCACGGCCGUCCUUGCCCGGCUCCCGGGCCUGCUGCAGAACCUCCAGACGCGCCAGUUCGCCGACCCGGACCUCCGUGAGGACAUGGACCGGCUCCGCGAGCUGCUUGACGAGUACACAAAGACCAAGACGACGUUUGACGAGUACGUGGGCGAGCUCAACUCGGGCCACCUGCGGUGGUCGCCGCCGCACCGCAACGCGGCGUUCUGGGCCGAGAACGCGCGCCGGAUCCUCGACCACGACAACGGCGCGCUGGUCCGGCGGCUGGCCGACAUCAUGAAGAAGCCGUGGGACAGCGACAAGGCGGUGCUCGCUAUCGCCUGCAACGACGUCGGCUGCCUCGUCGGCGAGGUGCCCGAGAAGCGCGGCCAGCUCGAGCGGCUAGGGCUCAAGACGCGCAUUAUGGAGCUCAUGGGCGAGGCCGACGAGAAUGUGAGGUGGGAGAGUCUGCGGGCGCUGGGUGGGUGGUUGCAGUAUAGCUUUGAAUCGAAGUGAGGGAGUUCAUGUCUGUUUCUUCUCUAUGUUCUCCGGGUUUUUUUUGGCAUCCCUGUUUCGGAUUUCGGCGAAGGCAUGUUUUUAAGAUGACUGGCAUUCCGGAAUGGCAACGUUAGACUGGUUCGAGUUCUGUCGA